UCGGCGCGGAGCCGGGCGGUGGGAAUGGAGCGAGCAUAUUGAGGCCGCCACUGCAGCGCCGCCAGCAUGAACUUGGCCGCGAGCUGAAGCGGCCGGCGGCGGGCGGGCGCGGGGGCACCGGCCGCUAGCCAAGGAAGGAUCUGCAGCCGGGCCGGGCCACUCGGCGGGCGCCUGAGGCCAGGCUGCCCGCGCCGGCGGCCGCCCGCCUUCGGACACUGUUCCCGCCGCCUCCGGAGCUCCGCAGCGCGCCCUGUGUCUAGGUCGUUUGGGAAGCGCCUUGGAGAAUCAAGAAUAAAAUUGCAGGUCAAACAAUGGAUGACUGGAAAAGUCGGCUUGUAAUCAAGAGCAUGCUUCCCCAUUUCACCAUGGUGGGAAAUCGUCAGGAGCCCAGAAAGCUCCAGGAAUCGAGAACCAUUAAGAGGAGACAGGAAGGAGACAACUUCCAGUUUCCAGGCAUGGCUGAUGGGGGUUACCCUAAUAAAAUUAAGAGGCCCUGCCUUGAAGAUGUCACCCUUGCUAUGGGCCCAGGUGCCCAUCCCAGUACCCCCUGUGCAGAGCUGCAGGUUCCUCCAUUAACAAUGAAUCCUAGCCCUGCAGCUGGAGGAGUAAGUAACCAGUCAUUAAUGCUGGAGAAUAAUCCCAUGAAUGGCAGCAUUAUGGACUCACCAUUUGUGGUGCCAUCAACUACAGAAAUGGUGCUGAAAGAGCCCACUGUUCCUUACUAUGAGAAAAUCAACAGCAUGCCGGCUGUAGAUCAAGAACUUCAAGAUCUGCUGGAGGAGCUAACCAAAAUUCAAGAACCUUCUUCAAAUGACCUAGAUCUGGAGAAGAUACUGGGAACCAAGCCCGAAGAGCCACUGGUCCUAGAUCAUCCCCAGGCAACUCUAAGCACAGCUCCCAAGCCUUCGGUUCAGAUGCCUCACUUGGAGAGUCAUGGUUCCAGCAAGGAGUUUGCCUCUAGCUGCAGCCAAGUCACUGGUGUGUCACUUCAAAUCCUGCCCUCCUCUGCAGGGAUCAGCUAUUCGAUCCCCUCCACUAGUAAGCAGAUGGUCUCACCCAGUUCUUCGACAGCACAGGCCAAGAACCAGGUCCAGGCCAUACUCCCUGGCACUUUGUCCCCACUUCCAGUGCCUCAGUGGCACCAUGCCCACCAGCUGAAGGCACUGGCAGCCAGCAAGCAGGGAUCUGCUACAAAGCAGCAAGGGCCCAGCCCGAGUUGGUCUGGUCUGCCUCCUCCAGGCCUCUCUCCACCUUACCGCCCAGUGCCAUCGCCACACCCACCGCCACCCCCACUGCCACCGCCACAGCCGCAGCCAUUCAGCACUCAGAGUCUCAUGGUGUCCUGCAUGUCAUCCAGCAGCUUGCCGGCCAGCACUCUGCGAGGCUCUCCCAAUGCCCUGCUCUCGAGCAUGGCGCCCAGCAGCAGUGCGGCCCUGGGCCCCACCAUGGCUUACGCUCCUGAGAAGCUCCCCAGCCCCACUCUCACGCGGCAGCCACAGUUCAGCCCGCAGAGCUCCAUUCUUGCCAACCUUGUGUCCUCUACCAUCAAAAACCCCCAAGGACACCUGAUGUCUGCUCUGCCCGCCAGCAACCCCGGGCCAUCCCCACCCUAUUGCCCGGAGAAGCUGUCGAGCCCGGGCUUGCCACAGCAAUCGUUCACCCCACAGUGCUCGCUGGUGCGGAGCCUCACCCCUACCAGAACCCUGCUCAGCCAGCAGCAGCAGCAGCAGCAGCAGCAGCAGCAGCAGCAGCACUCAAACGUCAUCUUUAAGCCCAUGACUGCCACCUCAUCCAAAACCCUGAGCAUGAUCAUGCAGCAGGGGCUAAUGGGCUCCAGCCCAGGGGCCCCGGAGACAUUUACUUUUAGCAACACCAAGCCCUUGUCCCAUUUUGUUUCUGAGCCGGGCCCCCAGAAGAUACCCUCCCUGCCUGCCACCUCAAGGCAGCCUUCCCUGCUCCACUACCUGCAACAGCCCACAUACACACAGGCCUCUUCUGCCACUGUCUCCUCCACUGCCACCGCCACCGUGCAGCCGCCGCAGCAGCCUGACCAUUCUUCAUUCCUCCUGCAGCAGAUGAUGCAGCCCCCGCGCUUUCAGCGGUCAGGGGCCUCCGAUGCCGUGAGCACCCUGCCCAGACAGCAAGAGAAGCAGAGAUCAGGUCUUAUGGCAAUGACCCCUGAACAGCAGAGUGCAUAUAUCGCCCAACAGAUGAGUCAAUUUCAAGCCGUCCAAGAACAAGUCACCUCCAAGUGUAGCCGGACCAAGGCAGCCCCCCCAUCCAGCCAGCACAUGAUGCCACCAAAAACUGGACACCUUCAGAACAAUCUAAGUCCAGGAAUGAUGCCACCAGGCAGGCACCAGAGCCAUCAGGAUGUGGGUGUGUUCUCACCCACUCCGGGGAAGCAACACAGAACUUUCAGCCCCAGCGCCCAGUCUCCUGGGCCCUCCCAUUUUGGUCAGAACCCCCUGGGAAGACUCAGCUCUGUUUGCCGGCAUAUGCAGAGUCCCAAGACCAACCCCCCAGGAGUGCCCCUGCCUGGGUCCUGUCCCAGCUUCCCAGGCAGCCAGGCCUUGAGUCCCCACCAGCUCAGACAGUCCAGUAUGCCAAGAAUGCCCACUGUGUUCAACAAUGCCACAUGGGCCGCUGUAGCAGCAGCUGCAACCACAGCGGUUUCAAGGGAACCACACCCAAGCCAAGUAGAUAAUAGCGCUCAGCAACAUUUUGAUAGUAGCUCCAUCUUUGCCAAGGCUUCUAUGAGAGUGUCAUCAAUAGCCCCAGCAUUCCUGUCACAGCAGGUGGUUGUGCCCCCCAAUCAGAUGGCUCCAGGAGGCAGGCCUGGCCAGAAGGACAGUCCUGUCCUGGCCAACUCCAGCUUCAGACUGCAGGGCAACCGGAGUCCCAGGCAGAGCCCCGUACGGGGCCCUGUCCCUGUAUUGAGCACCACCAGGUCCCUCCAGCAGGGCACGGCCAGCUUCCAUUCCAUGAGUCCCAUCCAAGGCAUUGAGCCACCGAGCUAUGUGGCUGCUACUGCUGCUGCUGCUUCUGCCAUCUCUGCCAGCCAGUUCCCAAGCAGGUUCAAUACUCCCACUGAGCUCCCUGCAGGCAACUUUUUGCCCCAGCCCCAGCCCCAGUCCCCACUAAAGGAUCUGAUUUCACCACCUGCCUGUAGUGAGGGGGAUUUCACUGAAGCCCUCCUCAAGGGCUGGAGCAUGAGCCUAGGUGAAGACUGGGUAUGCAACUUGAGGCUGAUCGAUGACAUUUUGGAACAGCAUGCUGCUGCCCAAAAUGCCACAGCACAAAAUGCUGGCCACCUUACCCAGAUUUCUGGGGAGCUUGAAAUCUGAACAGGCUGCCCAUAGAAGCCCCAACAUUGCCAUCAGUCUAGGGAGUGGCAGGAGCCAUAGCAAAUCAUACCUGGCUCCAGACAGUUGCAGUUGUCUCCUAAUUACCAUUUGAGUGACGUAAGUCCAUGCCCAUCCCCCUCUCUACCUGUAACAAAAUGGAAAGCUGGUGAUUUUUCAAGCUACUUGUACAUAUUUGAAAAUUUUGUAAAUGGUUUUCCUAAACAUUAAUAACAGAAGUAUUUAUACUUCAUUUUGUGACUUUGUAAAUAAAGUGACGGCUUUUGUUUCAGUAGAGUUGUGUUUAUUAUGCAUUGUUUUGUGUUUAUUAUACAUUGUUACAAAUAUGCAGACUGUGUUGUUCGCUCCAGUGAUACUUGUUAAGCUAGGUGGCUGAGUCGCUUACAAUUUUGAUGCAAUGAGCGAUGUGGAUGUGACCAAGAGGUGUUGUGCAAACUGACAAAUGCCAAAUAGAAAACCACUUGGCCAUUUAUUUCCAUUUUCACUAAAAAUUCUAUCGCCUUGUGUGGUUCUUAAUCUCUUUUGCAAACCUUUCAGUCUCUGCUAGCUCUUUCUUAAUGAGCAUUUAUGGAAGAAGCUGCUUUGUCCUUAAGCCGCAGAGACACUUUACUAAGAGGCUGAGCGAGUCCUUUACAUUUGGGAAAGGUGCAGAGACAGCCCUGAGCUGAGCCCUAUCCAUCCGAGCAGCCCACCUGGAGGGCCUGGAGUGCCCUCCUACCUUUUAUGGUCCAGGCAGAGAGAAGGCGCUGGCUUUGCAUGCACCCUGGCAGGAGGAAGGUGAGCCGGUGCUGGGGGAAGAGCCUCUCAGUAUUUAUUCUGACGUAAGACUCUGGUUUGGGGAGAAAAUCUGUAAACAUUAAUAGUUGAUUUGGGGCUUGUCUUUGAUGGUUUCUCUCUGCAAUUAUUGUCAUGUAUAUUUAAACGUCUGUUAUAGAAAACCCACACCCACUGUCCUGUAAACUUUGCUCAGUGUUCAGACUUUCUGUAAUCACAUUUUAAUUGCCACCUCGUAUUUUGCCUCUACUUUUGAAAUCUGGCAUCUGUUUCCAGCCAGUGCGUUUUUUCCUUUGUUCUGUAAUAAACAGCCAGGAGAAAA